AUGACGAAUUCAACGCCAAAAAUGAACAACAAAGUCGAGCGACAAGCCUCACCAAACACAAGCACCAAGAAGCGCCCCCGUGGCGGAAGUACGCGAACAACGUACUUCAGCAAUAACAACAAAAAAUACUCCAGCCCGACAACUCAAACUCAAACUCAGACUCCAAACGGCAACUCGGGCACGAGGUUCAGUUCUAGUCCGUGCAGCAAAAACUACUCGCGUAGUUUGGACAGCUGCGGAUAUUCAUCUUCAUCUUCAUCAUCAUCCAGGUCAUCGGGCAACGGUAGUCCAACGAAUAGCUACUUUGCAGGCUCUAAAUGGUCUGACCCACCUUCCCCGACUGCUCUUCCGCAGCCUCCACGUCACUGGACACCGACUCGCUGUCAGCAGUCAGAAAACAGUCUCAUGACCAACCACCUGAAGAUGAUUCUCAAUGUCAAAGCUUGA